UGGCGAUGUAUAUGUAGCGCUUCGGGCGUGACCGUGCGAGACGUCUUCUUUCUCACCCUCAACCCACCGAGGAACACGAAGCUCAACCUCACCGUAGGAGCACGAGGCACAUCCCAUUAUACCUCACGGUGAGGUUCAGCGUUUUGACGAACACAUCAGGAGCAGCGUCCACAGCCAGAGCGAGGACUGUGACAACUCGAUCAAUGGCGGGGAUGGAUCAGAGCGUGCAGGUGCUGGCGUCCUUGUUGGACACGCUCCCGCCGGAGUUCGUGCAGCCCGAGCACAAGCAGCCGGGCGCGACGACCACGUUCAGCGGUGCGGCGGCGGCCACAGAGCUCCCCCUGAUAGACAUGUCCAUGUGGAACGCCGGCUGCUGCAUCGCGGAGGCAGCUCGGGAGUGGGGGAUCUUCCAGGUGGUGAACCACGGCGUGCCGUCGGAAGCUGUGGCGGAGCUGCAGCGCGUGGGGCGUGAGUUCUUCGCCCUGCCGCAGGAGGAGAAGGAGCGGUACGCCCUGGACCCGGCCUCCGAAAGGACCGAGGGCUAUGGCUCCACGCUGGGGCGGGAACCCGAUGACAAGAAGGUGUGGGGCGACUUCCUCUUCAACAUCGUCGCGCCGCCGGCCGCGGUCAACCUCGAGAUGUGGCCGAAGGAUCCGCAUGGAUACAGGGAGGCGAACGAGGCCUACUGCGGGCACAUGCAGCGGCUGACGCGGACGCUGUUCGAGAGCCUCUCCGUGGAGCUGGGGCUGGAGCAGGGCGCCAUGGCGGAGGCGUUGGGCGGCGACGACGUGAUGUUCUUGCAGAAGAUCAAUUUCUACCCGCCAUGCCCGCAGCCGGAGCUCGCGCUCGGCGUCACGCCGCACACCGAUCUUUGCGCCCUCACUGUCCUCGUGCCCAACGAGGUGCAGGGCCUCCAGGUGUCCAAGGACGGCCACUGGUACGACGUCAACUACGUGCACGGCGCCCUCAUCGUCAACAUUGGCGACCAGAUCGAGAUUUUCAGCAACGGGAGGUACAAGGCAGCGCUGCACCGGGCGAUGGUAAGCAAGGAGAAGACGCGGAUGUCGUGGCCGGUAUUCUUGGAGCCGCCCCUGGAGCAAGUUGUCGGGCCUCACCACCAGCUCGUCACCGACGAGACCCCGGCCAAGUACAAUGCCAAUACGUUCAAGCAUUACAAGUACUGCAAGUUCAACAAGCUACCCCUAUGAUUAAGAGAAAACCCUUUCCUAAGGAGCUUGAAUACAAUUCCAAUCUUUGGCGUCAAACUCAUUGUGAGCUAAUCUGUACACUAUACCUUAUCUAAAUUUAUACCAUCUUGAGUUUUCUA